AUGGAACGGUUUGGUAUUAAUCAUAGAGUUGCCACUGCUUAUCAUCCUCAAACAAAUGGGCAAGCUGAGGUAUCUAAUCGUGAAAUUAAGCGAAUCUUAGAGAAAGUUGUGAGUCCUUCGAGGAAAAAUUGGGCAUUGAAGCUUGAUGAGUUGGUCUAUGGAAAAGCAUGUCAUUUGCAUGCAGAGUUGGAGCAUAAAGCAUAUUGGGCUUUGAAGAAAUUGAACUUUGAUAUGACAGCUGCUGGUGAGAAGAGAAUGCUUCAAAUUAAUGAACUCGAUGAGUUUAGACUUCAGGCGUAUGAGAACAAUAAGCUUUACAAGGAAAAAGUCAAACGAUGGCAUGAUAGGAAGUUGGUGCAAAAGGAGUUCCUCAUUGGCCAACAAGUGUUGCUUUAUAAUUCUCGUCUCAGACUAUUUCCGGGUAAGCUGAAAUCUAGAUGGUCGGGUCCUUUCACAGUAAAGAAGGUGUUUCCACAUGGUGCCAUAGAAAUUUAUGAAACAACACCGGAGGAAUCAUUUAAAGUGAAUGGACAAAGAGUGAAGCCAUAUUUUGGAGGACCGGUAAAUCGCGAGUCGGUAAGCACCAUCCUCACUAUUUUCUAA